AUGUCCCAUAAGCUCGUUAAGAAACAAAAUAUUUCAAAUCCAUACGAUGUUCGGGAUGGAAUUCAUCUCACCAUCGAUGAAGCUACCGGAAGAUAUCUGAAUGUUCCACGUUGCUUGCUUAAUGCAAUUCCUCAGGAUAUUGCCGGUUCAAUUAUAAACGAUGACGAAAUUGCUCCUGAACUGCGUCCAACAACAACAGGACGAAAUAUGAUGUACCUUCCAGAUUUUCAAAAAAGAGUCAACAUUUCAGCUCCAUAUGAAUUAGAACAUCUUACACACGUUACUUUCGAUCCUCAAAAAGGUUUUGUCGGACUCCCGCCUGAGUGGGAUAAAAUACUUAAGAAGAGCGGCUUUCAGAAAGAAGAAAUUGAAGAAAAUCCUAAAGGCGUUCUUGACGUUAUGAAGUUUAUGCAGAAGCCAAUGUCAUCAUCACCACCAUCUCAGGUGGAGGAUACAACUACAUUACCUCCAAUUCAGGAAGUUGUUACUAAAACUAAUCCUAAAUCUUUCCUCAAAAAUAUGGAGUCCAUCGACGAAGGCAGUACCUGUAAAAUUUAUCGUGCUGAUAAUCCUCAAACUGGAGAAGCCGUUGCAGUGAAAGAAAUGACAUUAACGGAUAAAAACAGGCAAACCUUGUUUGAUGAAACUCGUUUAAUGGCAACGAUGUCUCACCCGAACAUUAUUAAAUUCUAUUCAGCGCAUUUAAUAGAGAAUACGCUUUGGAUUUUGAUGGAACUCAUGGAUGGCGGAUCAUUGACAAAUGUAGCUACAUACUGUGACGUUCAAGAACCUCAUAUUGCAUAUUUUGCUCGCGAGGUUUUACAAGCCUUAGAUUACAUGCACAAGCAUAACAAAAUCCACCGUGAUAUUAAAACAGAUAAUGUCUUACUUAAAUCGGAUGGAGAAGUACGCUUGGCUGACUUCGGUUAUACUGCGCAGCUCGAAUCUCGAGAUCAAACCCGUAAAUCAAUUGUCGGAACUCCAUAUUGGAUGGCACCAGAACUAAUCAAAUACCAACCAUACUCGUACGGUGUUGAUAUUUGGUCCCUUGGAAUUAUGUGUAGAGAAUUAGCAGAAGGAGAGCCUCCUUAUGUUGAUUCACCUCCAAUGAGAGCUUUGUUCCUCAUUUCUACAAAAGGAAUUCCUCCGAUUUCGGAUAGAGAAAAUAGAUCAACCGAGUUCCUCGAUUUCCUUGAUCUCUGCCUUAGUAUGGACCCUCAUGCAAGACCAUCAGCAGAAACGCUACUCCAACACCCAUUCAUUACGCGUGCAUGCGAUAGGAAAUAUAUUGUCCCGCUUAUAGAAUUAGCUAAGCAACUUGCUGCCCAAGAAGAAUUUGAUGAUUUUUGA